AUGUCUGCAGCGGAGUCGGGGGCCACCUGCCGCGGGAAACACCCCAGCAGCCGCGUCAGGGACGCCCGCCCGCCCCGCCCCGCCCCUGCGCCUGGGGACGCGGAGGGAAUCCCGCCCAGGAAGCCGGGCCCCAGGGUCCCCUCGCCCGGGGCCUGCGGGGCAGCCACAAGCCCCCAGGCCUCCCGCCUCCCCCUCAGGAACCGCGCGCUCCGGAGCCCCGCGCCCCCGCCCGCGCCCUGCUCACCGGAGACGCUGCGCUCCCCCUCCCUGAGCCGCGGGCACGAAGGGCCCGCGACGCGGGGCCCGCCCUUGAGCGCUGCUGGGCCCGCCCGCCGCUCUAGCCGCCACCUCGGUGGUGGGCGCGCGCAGCCUCGACUUAGAGCGAGCGCGCGUCUGGCACCGCCCCGCGGCGGGGCGCGGGCUCCGCAGGGCCGGAAGGUGCGGAGGCUCCGGGAACCUGACGCGGCCUCAGGGGCCCACCUACGUUGUGUGGACAGCGCCGUUAGGAGCGGCAGCCCCUGGGGUGGUUCCUACCGGGAAUGCGAACACAGACUUGCAACUCCAGGGAAGGGAAGAAGCAGUCAGUGCUGGAGGUUAAAGCUCUGGGCUGUGGGGAGCCCAAGGGGAGGAGCAUUCCCCUCAAUGGCGUUCCAGGAGAAAAUUCAAAAUGGAGUGAAUUGGAGAGGAACCCUGCUAGACAAAUUAGUGAAACGUCAUUCCCAAGAGAAGAACGUUGUUCUAGACUACAAAUUCGCUUAUGCAGUGACUGACACCAAAAGCAAAUUCAAAGAAACUAUGCAACAACAAAAACACCAAAAGCUGUCUAUGAACAUACACCUGACUGAUACUUCCAGUACCUUACUUGAUGCGGCUCAGUGUGCCUGGUUCACAUCUCCAUGAAACAAGAACAGAGCAAAACUUCACAGAUGAGAAAACAGAAUCAGGCAGCAGCACUGGGAUGAAAACCAAGUUCCUGCUUUUUAUUUCAUUUGCUCUGUUUUUCAGAACUACACUGUAUAAGCAGAAUAUUCAUAUAUUUAGUUAAUAGCAACCCUAAUUUAAGACAUAAAUGACUUCUUUGAAUUUUUUCUUACUUAGGCUGUAUUUAUGGGAAAAGGAGAAAGAGUUGGAGAGACAAGUCACAUUUUUAGCUCAUACCACCAACAGUUAGCAGCUACAUACCUGGUAAACUAAUGUCUUACUGGAUCCUAAUGUGGACACUCAGAU